AUGAAGGAGUAUGAUGAUGCCAUUCAGAACUAUCUGGAGGCCGGCCAUGCAGAGCGAGUACCACUGGAGCCAGACGGACCAGUCCAUGUGUUGCCGCACCACGCAGUCUACAAGAAGGGAAAAAUACGCGUGGUCUUCGACGCCGCCGCUGGUCAUCCGAAGGCACUCAACGACUUCAUCCGAGCAGGUCCCAAUCUUAUUGCCGACCUUACGGGUGUGUUACUGAGGUUCCGCUCAAACAACAUCGGUCUCACUGCUGACCUAGAGAAAGCCUUCCUGCAGCUGUCACUCCACCCUAGUGAUCGUGAUGUCACCAGGUUCCUCUGGAGGGAGAAGGCGUGCGACCUCAAGCCGACCACCUACAGGAUGAAAAGAGUCCUGUUCGGGGUGAAUGCCUCGCCGUUCUUGCUGCAGGCGACGCUAAGGCAGCAUCUCACCCAUUUUAAGCGCUCCGAUCCUGAACUGGUUGACCGACUCAUCAGGGACAUCUACUGUGAUGAUUUAAUCACUAGCGUUGCUUCAGAGGAAGAAGCACGCUGUGUGAAGGAAAGGACAGUCCAAAUAUUCAGUGAAGCUCAGAUGAAUAUGACAAAAUGGACUACCAGCUUCCAGCCAACUGACCCCCAGGAGCUAGCCAACUGCUCGAACAGCGAACGAAAGGUGCUCGGAGUGAGCUGGGCCCCAACCACAGAUCAUCUAGUGGUUGAAACUGAUCAGCUGGCUCAACUUGGAAGUUGUCUGCCAGAGACAAAGAGGAGCAUCCUGAAGAUUACGGCGAGAUUCUAUGACCCACUGGGACUCCUGAAUCCUGUGUCGGUGCGAGCUAAGAUGAUGCUCAAAGCACUCUGGAAGGAGGGCAAGGGAUGGGAUGAAGCUCUUCCUAGUGCCGUCCAGUGCCAGUGGAGAAAGUGGCUCCGUGAACUCCGCACUUUGGGAAAGUUUUCCAUUCCUAGAAACUGUGCGCUGGCCGAGAGACCGUACCAGAUUCACGUAUUCUGUGAUGCAAGUAAAGAAGCCUAUGCAGCCGUCCUCUACAUCAGAAGUGAGCAUUCGGAGCAGUGUGCAAGUACCUACUUGCUCAUCAGCAAGUCACGUCUCUCGCCGAGUCAAGAAAUCACCAUUCCAAGGCUCGAGCUUACGGCAGCUCUGAUCGGCGCACGGCUUCUAGCCUACGUGAAAAAACAGCUAACUGUGCCACCCCAGAAAAGCUUCCUAUGGACAGACUCCAUGGUGGCCCUCAGCUGGAUCCGUAGCGACGCGGAUAGAUGGGGCGUGUACGUGAGGAAUCGCGUGCAGGAGGUACAAGAGCUGACCGCCGCAGAGGAAUGGGGACACUGCCCCGGAAACGAGAACCCGGCGGACCUGCCCUCCCGAGGUACGUCAGCGGACCGCCUGAACGGUGACCUCUGGUUGCACGGACCAGAGUGGCUCAGACAGCACGAGUCACAAUGGCCCCAGAAAAGGGAUCAUGAGCCCGAACCAUCACAGUGUCAGCUGGAAGAAAGGAAGCAAGCUCUGGUGGUACUUAGUGACAGUUCUGGAACGCAGCAGCUCUUUGAUCCGGUCGGCUACGGCUCCUUGAAACGUUUACUCAACGUGACAGCUUGGGUACUGAGAUGGGUACACAACUGCAGACAAGACGACAGACAAGACAGGAAAACGGGACCACUGGUGACCGAAGAGAUAGAAGGCGCGUUGGAAUACUGGAUCAAAGCUGCGCAAUCAAAGUUCCAUGAAGACGUGUCAGCGCUGAGAAAGGGACAGCCGCUGUCUCCAAAGUCGCGCCUGCAUAGUCUUGGUGCCAGACUAGAGAACGGUAUACUGAAGAAAGAGGGUCGUCUCCAAGAGGCCCUUCUGAAUGAUGAAGAGAAGCACCCCAUCAUUCUGCCGUCGGAUCACCGACUAGUACAGCUGCUCGUUGAAGACACUCAUCUGCGGCUGUGCCAUGCCGGCGUGCAGCAGGUGCUGAGUGCGCUCAGGGACAGAUAUUGGAUUCUGCGAGGCCGCCAGGGUAGACCACUCUCAGACACCAGCGCGGCGACCGACACCAUGUCAGUCCGCUCGGCUGACGGCGGCGACGGCGGCGGUGACAGCGCGACCCGCACGCCCUGCCGACCCGCCCGGCGCACCAUGGCCAUUCGGGACGAAUCCGACGCCUGUAUCCGAGUCACCCUGACCGACACAUCGGACAGUGAGUCGGUCCAUCCCGAGUCACCGCUCAUGGUGCAGCCGUCGGCCCGUCGCCAGCGACUGGCUCGGGUGGACCUGGUGCGCGGCCGGGGUCGGAGGGGAGCGCCGGGCAGCGGGGCGGCAGCCACCGUCACCGCGACGGACGGAGACGGGGAGCCCUGCGAACGGUGA